AUGACUGACUUUUGGUUAAAUUAUUUGGACAAUCCUACAUUGUCCGUGUUACCCCAUGAUUUCUUGAAACCAGCCAAUAAUAAAUCUGUGGAAGGUACCUAUGCAUUUAACAUUGACAAUAAUAAUGCUGAUUUUAAAUUUGGUUUGGCGGUAUUUGCUGCAUUAGUUUACAGAUUAACCGGUGAUGAGGAUAUAGUAAUUGCAACUGACGAAUCAGCCAACACUCCUGAGUUUAUUGUCAGAUUGAAUUUAACACCAGAAUUGACUUUCCAAGAACUUGUCCAUAAAAUAACCAAGGAGUAUGAGAAUAACAUUUCUGAAAUAAACUACAAAUCAUUAGCUGAGGUUUCACAUAGAAUUAAAGAAGCUAAAAGAUUAGAUGAAAAUCCUGGGUUGUUCAGAUUAUCUUAUCAACAUGCCCACUCAAAUCAACAAUUGAACACUACAGUGGAAGGCUCUAUUCGUGAUUUGGCUAUCUACACUGAUGGAACAAAGUUCACCAUUUACUACAAUGCCUUAUUAUACUCACAUGAACGAAUUGUGAUAUUUGGAGAACAAUUUGCACAGUAUUUAUCAACCGUAUCGAAAGAUACCAAUACUGUUAUAACCAAAGUGAAUUUGAUUACUGAAUCACAAAAAAAGAACUUACCUGACCCAACAAUCGAUUUGGAUUGGUCAGGUUACAGAGGUGCCAUUCAAGAUAUCUUUAUGGACAAUGCCAACAAACAUCCUGAUAGAACAUGUGUUGUUGAAACAGAAUCAUUUAUGGAUUCAAACUCCAAAACCCGUAGUUUUACUUAUCAGCAAAUCAACCAAGCUUCCAAUGUUGUCGGUAAUUACUUGAAAGAAACCGGCAUCAAAAAAGGCGACAUUGUCAUGAUCUAUGCUUAUCGUGGGGUAGACUUAAUGAUUGCUGUUAUGGGUGUUUUAAAAGCCGGGGCAACAUUUUCCGUCAUUGAUCCUGCCUACCCUCCGGCAAGACAAAAUAUUUACCUUUCUGUGGCAAAACCAAAAGGGUUAAUUGGAUUAGAAAAGGCUGGUACAUUAGAUCAAUUAGUUGUUGACUACAUUAACAACGAAUUGGACGUUAUUUCUACUAUCCCGCAAUUAAAAGUACAGGAUAAUGGUAUAUUGGUAGGUGGUAAAAUCGAGGGUGCAGAUAACGAUUGUCUUGACGAUUAUCAAAAAUUCAAAGAUCACCCAACUGGGGUAAUUGUUGGUCCUGACUCCAAUCCAACUUUAUCAUUCACUUCCGGGUCAGAAGGUAUUCCAAAAGGAGUAUUGGGUCGUCAUUAUUCAUUAGCUUAUUAUUUCCCAUGGAUGGCUAAGAGAUUUGGAUUAUCUGACAAGGACAAGUUCACCAUGUUGUCGGGUAUUGCACACGAUCCUAUUCAGAGAGAUAUGUUUACUCCAUUGUUUUUGGGAGCUCAAUUAUUAGUACCAACUGCUGAUGAUAUUGGUACCCCUGGUAAAUUGGCUGAUUGGAUGGCAAAGUAUGGAGCAACAGUGACACACUUGACUCCAGCUAUGGGUCAAUUGUUGAGUGCUCAAGCCACCACUGCAAUUCCAAGCUUACAUCACGCCUUUUUUGUUGGUGACAUUUUAACGAAAAGAGAUUGCUUGAGAUUACAAAGCUUAGCUGAAAAUGUGUUUAUUGUUAACAUGUAUGGUACUACUGAAACACAGAGAUCAGUGUCCUAUUUUGAAAUCAAAAGUCGUAAAGCAGAUCCUACUUAUUUGAAAAAUUUGAAAGAUGUUAUGCCUGCAGGUACUGGGAUGCAAAACGUUCAAUUAUUAGUUGUUAAUAGAAAUGACCGCUCACAAACCUGUGGUGUUGGGGAAGUUGGUGAAAUUUAUGUCAGAGCAGCAGGUUUAGCUGAAGGUUAUCGUGGAUUGCCCGAUUUAAACGCCGCCAAAUUUAUUACCAAUUGGUACGUCAACCCAGAAAAAUGGAUUGAACAAGAUGAAGCAAACAAGAAACCUAAUGAAACUUGGAGACAACAUGGAUGGUUAAAACCAAGAGACCGAAUGUAUAGAUCCGGAGAUUUAGGUCGUUAUUUACCUGACGGUAAUGUUGAAUGUUGUGGUAGGGCCGAUGACCAAGUCAAGAUCAGAGGUUUCAGAAUUGAAUUGGGUGAAAUUGAUACACAUUUAUCUCAACAUCCUCUUGUUAGAGAAAAUGUCACUUUGGUGAGAAGAGACAAAAACGAGGAACCAACAUUAAUUUCUUACAUUGUUCCAAAAGAUUCUCCAGAAUUGAAGACAUUUAAAGCAGACGUCGAUGAUUCGAUAGAAGAAGCUAAUGAUCCAAUUGUUAAAGGAUUAGUUGCUUACAGAGAAUUGAUUAAGGAUAUCAAAGGAUACUUGAAGAAAAAGUUAGCUUCCUAUGCUAUCCCAACAAUAAUUGUGCCAUUAGUAAAAUUGCCUUUGAACCCUAAUGGUAAAGUAGACAAACCUAAAUUACCAUUUCCAGAUACUGCUCAGUUAGCGGCAGUUGCUAAAUUAAGUGUUUCUGGCCACGAUGCCAAAGUUGCUGAAGAAGAAAAUUUGACCAAAUUGGAAGAGCAAAUUAGGGAUUUAUGGUUGGAUGUGUUACCAAACCGUCCGGCAACAAUUUCCAAAGAUGAUUCGUUCUUUGAUUUGGGAGGUCACUCUAUUUUGGGUACCAGAAUGAUUUUUGAAUUGAGAAAGAAAUUAAAUGUCGAAAUCCCCUUGGGGGUCAUUUUUAAAAAUCCAACAGUGGAACAAUUUGCUAAAGAAGUUGAAAAAAUAAUCAAAGGUGGUCAAGAUUUCCAAUUGGCUGAUGAAGGUAAAACUAUUCAAGAAGAGAAGAAGGAUGUUGCUGAUUCUCAAAACGAGAACUUAAACUAUGCUGAAGAUGCAAAAGAAUUAUCAAAAUCUGCACUUUUGGAAUCCUAUUCUUCUUUGAAACAGCUUCCAACUGGAUCGAUUAACGUUUUUGUUACUGGUGCUACAGGGUUCUUAGGUUCUUUUAUUGUUCGUGACUUGUUGACAGCACGUAGUAAAAACUUGGAUAUUAAAGUGUAUGCUCAUGUAAGAGCAUCUUCCAAGGAAGCUGGAUUACAAAGAUUGCGUCAAACUGGUACCACAUAUGGUAUUUGGGAUGAAAAUUGGACAGAAAAAAUUGAAAUCGUGUUAGGUGAUUUAUCGAAAGAGAAAUUUGGUUUGGAUAAUUCUCAGUGGUCAGAUUUGACUAAUAGCAUUGAUGUAAUUAUUCACAAUGGUGCCUUUGUGCACUGGGUCUACCCAUACUCUCAAUUACGUGAUGCUAAUGUCAUUGGUACUAUCAACGUUUUGAACAUGGCAGGUGAAGGUAAAGCUAAAUUCUUUUCAUUUGUAUCUUCAACAUCGGCUUUAGAUACUGAUUAUUUUGUUAAUUUAUCAGAUGAAUUAUUAGCUCAAGGCAAAAAUGGUAUUUCCGAGGCAGAUGAUUUACAAGGAUCAGCCAGAGGGUUAGGAAACGGAUAUGGACAAUCCAAAUGGGCAGCUGAGUACAUUAUUAGACGUGCUGGUGAACGUGGAUUGAAAGGAUGCAUUACCAGACCUGGUUAUGUUACUGGAUUUUCCAAAACUGGUGCUUCUAACACCGAUGAUUUCUUAUUGAGAAUGUUGAAAGGAUCUGCUGAAUUGGGGUUGUAUCCUGAUAUCACUAAUAAUGUCAAUAUGGUGCCUGUUGACCAUGUUGCCAGAGUAGUUACUGCAACUGCAUUAAACCCACCAAGCAGCGAGCAAUUGACAGUUGCCCAUGUUACUGGCCAUCCUAGAAUUCAAUUCAACGACUUUUUGGGAUGUUUGAAGGCAUAUGGAUAUGACAUAAACCCAGCAGAUUAUCCAGUGUGGACCAGUGCAUUAGAAAAGUUUGUUGUUGAAGAAAGUAAAGAAUCAGCCUUGUUCCCACUUUUACAUUUUGUGUUGGAUAAUUUGCCACAAGACACAAAGGCACCUGAGUUAGACGACUCUAAUGCUGCUAAAUCGUUAAAGCAAGAUUCCAAGUACACAGGAGAAGAUUUAAGUGGUGGUAAAGGUGUUGAUUUAGAUCAAACUGGUGUUUACAUUAGUUACUUAAUUAAGAUUGGAUUUUUACCAAAACCAACCGGUACAGGUGAUAAAAAAUUACCCGAGGUUGAGAUUAGUGAUGAAAGUUUGAAAUUGAUUAGUGGAGGUGCCGGUGCACGUGGAUCAGCUGCCAAAUAA